GCAGUGUAAGCAUUAACAACACAAUUGGAGAAAGUAGUAAAACAGAAUUCUGUUUUUCUCUGAGAAAGCAGGUGGUUCUACUUCCUAGAGAGAGGAAAAAAAAAAAAAAGAAAAAAAAAAAAAGGUCUUCGUCUUCCGAUAUCACUUCGACAAAAAUUCUCUCUCUCUCUCUCUAAAAAGUCCUGCAACUUUGACAGAAACCAUCACAAAAAGCCCGCGCCUCUCUGCUUCCAAAGUGAUUGUGAUUCCUAUCACAGUUUGAGGCCAUCUUGAGCAGCAGGCUCAAUUAGUUAUACAAGUGUAGGUUUGGAGAGUUGAAGAAGGCAUUUUCAACAGCGAGAUUCGAAAAGAUGAACAAUUCGGUUCGGGAACAGAGCUUUUACAUUGAGAGUGAAGAAGAGGAUGAGGAGAAGGAAUUUAACAAAGGCGAAGAAGGCGAAGAAAACAGCGGGAAUGAUUCGGAUUCCUCGAAUUAUUCAAUUGAAAACCAGCAGCAGAGCAAACCCAAUUCUGUGACCCCCUCAUGGCCUCAAAGUUACAGGCAAUCAAUUGAUCUUUAUAGUAGUGUACCAUCUCCAAAUCUUACAUUUCUGGGCACUCCUACAUUAUCAAGAUUAGGCAGUUCAUUCAUUUCCUCAUCACUGUCAAGGAGACACACUCCUGAAAUAUUAUCUUCUUUGAUUAAACCACUGUUACCAACAACCGCAGACGAGCAACAGCCACAACAAAGACGUAGUUCUCAUUCUUUGCUUCCUCCCAUUCCAUCAGGGAAGCCUUCUACAAAGAAGGUCAGUCCUGAUCAGAAACCCUCCUGGGCCUCACAUGAAGUCCCAGCUACUCGCAAGUGCUCCUACGGCCAAGCUGUGUUAAAUGGCAUGAAUGUCCUAUGUGGAGUAGGAAUCCUUUCUACUCCUUAUGCUCUCAAAGAAGGAGGAUGGGUUGGGCUUUCUGUAUUGUUUGUCUUUGCAAUUCUUUCUUACUACACUGGGAUCCUCUUGCGUUACUGCUUAGAUAGCCAACCUGGGCUUGAAACUUAUCCAGACAUUGGCCAGGCUGCCUUUGGUACUAUAGGACGUGUCGCAGUAUCUAUAAUACUAUACGUGGAACUGUAUUCUUGUUGCAUUGAAUACAUAAUUUUGGAGAGUGACAACUUGUCUUCACUCUUUCCAAAUGCCCAUUUAAAUUUGGGAGGAUUUGAAAUAAAUUCGCACCAUCUGUUCGCACUGAUGACCACACUUGCUGUUCUUCCAACUGUUUGGCUUCGAGACCUCAGUGUUCUUAGUUACAUCUCUGCUGGUGGUGUUGUUGCGUCAGUAUUGGUGGUUAUCUGCUUGUAUUGGGUUGGCUUGGUGGAUCAUGUUGGCUUUCAGAGCAAAGGAACGACGCUAAACCUGUCCACUUUUCCUGUUGCUAUUGGUCUAUAUGGCUACUGUUACUCAGGACACGCUGUCUUUCCAAAUAUCUAUACUUCACUCGAAAAACCAAACCAAUACCCGGCAGUCUUAUUAACUAGUUUCGGUAUUUGUACAUUGCUGUAUGCUGGAGCUGGAGCGAUAGGAUACAUGAUGUUUGGAGAAUCGACAGAGUCACAAUUCACUCUUAACAUGCCCCAAGAAUUGGUUGCUUCAAAAAUUGCUGUAUGGACAACGGUGGUCAAUCCAUUUACCAAAUAUGCAUUAACCAUGUCUCCAGUGGCAAUGUGUCUGGAGGAAUUGAUACCAUCACGCCAUCUCAAAUCUCAUAUGUACCCGAUCCUCAUUAGAACAGCACUGGUGAUUUCAGUCUUGAUUGUGGCUCUCUCCAUCCCUUUUUUUGGUCUGGUGAUGGCACUGAUUGGAUCCUUACUCACGAUGCUAGUAACCUUGAUACUACCUUGUGCUUGUUUCCUGAGCAUUUUCGGGAAGAAAGUAACUCGUUUUCAGGGAUCACUUUGCGUACUUAUUAUUGCAGUGGGUAUUGUAUCAUCAUCCAUCGGGACUUAUUCAGCAGUCUCUAAAAUCAUCGAGAGUUUGCGCUGAAGUUUUUGGUAAUAUCUUCAAAAUUAGGAGAUGUCUUUGCAUUAUGUGGAAUUUUAUGUUUUUCUUUUCCUGGAGACAUAUGUGUGUGCGUGUGUGUGUGUGUGUGUGUGGACUAGAACCUGAAGUUCUAAACCAUUCUGUUCAUUUCAAUUUCCACUUUUGAGUCAAUCUAAAAUUUGCUCCUUGAUGUUUCUUAGUUGCGAGCAUCUAUGUUAUACAUAUAUUAACAGUUAUCGCAGGAAAAAAAGUUCUUUCAUUUU